AUGCUAGGGCAAGUCGGGUUGUCCGUAUCAGAAAUCUCAGCCUCACGCGCGAGAUUCGCGGGCGACCGAAUUCCCUUCCGAUAUAUGCAAGGAGUGCUACAAGAAGCCUCUUGGCGCAUAUGUAUCUUGACCACGCCGGCUUCAGCUCUUCUUCAAAGAGCAAUGCUUGAGUGCUGGCUCGAGACACCGUUUGCUUUUCUUCCUGCUGAGGCGCCUUUUGCCUCUCCCCUCAACACCCUCAAAGCAGAACAGAGAUCCUCACGGGAACCAUCAUGCUACAGACGGCAAUCCGGCUUUAGCGGGUGGAAACUAUACAAUUCCGCCGUAUAUGCAGGUCUGCCUGCCGGCAAUGCAUAUGAAUUGUUUCCAGCUGCUUCACCCGUCGGCCGUCGUCAAGAGAUAGAGGUGGGAUCAGUCUGUCUCUGCUAUGACUCUGCCGAUCAUUACACUGAACCCGUUUCUGUCAAUAUUGACUCACUCCUGCAUCUGGGGGCCGCGAUACAUGUUGCAAGCCAUAACAGGGGCCACCUACAGACCAUACUGACCAUAAUCGUAGCCCAUUCAAGCUACUUGUACGGUCGGAACCUCAUUUACGCCUCACGCAGAAGAUGGAGAGAGUGGCCCCUCCUCACAUCAACAGUGCACCUAAAACCAACAGGAAGUCUGCUCGAGUAUGUUCGCCCCAAGUUUUGGCAGAUUAUCAAAAUCAAUCGGGCCAAUGAUACGCUGGUGAAUACAAACAAGACAUAUUCAGCCUUAUGGGACUGGCUACAGUCUAGAACGUGGGGUGAGUUUGUCGUCGAUUCGAGAGGCGGGGACAAUAGUACUGUCCAGUACUUAUCUGCGAGAAGGGGGCAUACGUCCGUGGUAAAGCAGACUUCACCUCCGAUAUAUAGGCUGCUCUUCUACGACCACAUCACAGAGAGGGGCAAGUCCAAGAUGAAAGUGGUGAAAAAACCCAAGCCCAAGAGAUGCCAUUCGACGCCAUUAAGAGAAGGGGAUAUCUCAACCCCACGCCACCCGUCUUGUGAUAGCGUUGUUCUUGCUUCUGGUCCAUACCUGCGCGACCAGGCCACGCACGACCGAACCCCAGAGUGA